CUCUCCAUCUUCUUCAUUUGCGCUACGCUUCCCUCCACAAACCCUAACCCUAGAAACCAGAAACCCUAGCUCUAAUUCAGAGCUCUUCCAUGACGGCAGACGUGAGCGCGCGCUUACGGAUGAUGAAGGACGAGCUUGACGGCAAGAGGAACCGAGAAUUCAUCACCAGAGACCUUCUCGGUGGCUGUAGCCUCGGAUCUCCUGUCCCCGCCGGUUGGGACCGUGGUCUUGAUCUCUUGAGCGGAUCGGAUCGGCUGCACCGCCAGCUCAAUGAUCUUAACCUACCCCCACCGGCGCCGGUGGCCGCGUCAAUAUCGGCCAUGUCGGAGGUCUCCACCGUGCUGGAUCUCAGGGUCGUUGGCGGUGCUCCGGCGGAAUACCAGAGCGUGUGCACGCUUGAGAAGGUUAGGGUCGCUUUGGAGAGGGCGGAGCGCGAAUCUCGAGGCAGGCGGAGAGGAUUGGACGGCUCGCCUUCGCCGUCGUCGUCGACGACGUCAUCGUCGGUGAAGAGGAGGUUGGGCGAGGAGGAGGAUGGAAUGGACGGCUCGGAUUCGUCGGAUGGGUCGGCGAUGUUGGCCGCUGGAUGCCCUGGAUGCUUGCUUUAUGUGCUGAUCUCGAGGCAGAAUCCACGGUGCCCACGCUGUGCCUCGCACGUGCCUGUUCCCGUGGUGCCCAAGAGGAUCAAGAUUGAUCUCAAUUCCGUUUCACCUUGAAUUUUUUUCUUCUUCUUUAAAUAAUUAAAAAUUUUAAAUAUAUUCUAGGGUUUUGUUAAUAUUUUUAAAAAAUUAAUAGAAAAGAAACCAUCUCUAUGUUUCUCUUGUAAAAUUGGGUCUGUUUUUUUUUUUAAAAAA